AUGGGAGAGAGAGUGCUCAGGUUGUGGUUGAAGUGGUUCUGCAGGAGGCGUUCAGCAGUGGCCUUCCUCUUCCUCUUCAUCCUGUCCUUGGUGAUGAUUAGCACCCUCCCGCCCCUCCCCGAAGAGAGUCACAGCCUGUCCCAGCGAGGCUUGCGCUCUGCCGGGCAGGACCAGGGGUGGGGCUGGGCUCCCUCUGCACCCCUCCACCCUCAGCCGCCGGAUCUCCCAAAGAGUGUCAGGAAACACUGGAAAGCCAAGGAGGGCCGGCCGGCAGAGAGGCGGGAGCAGCAGACGAGAGAGCGGAUGGUCCAGCACAAAGCAGGUGUGGCCCAUCAUAGAGGGGGCGGAGGUAGGGGUGGGACUGAGGAUCAACAGAAACCAGGCGAACUACAUCACGAAGCAUAUGGGAGUGAGAGUGAAGUCCAACACAGAAAGGAAGGGGGUGGGGUCAGGCACAUGGAAAAGAAGCAGGUUUCUCAUCAAGCUCAUCUAAAGACUCAUAAGAGCAAUGGCUCUGCUGCUGUGAGUGGGAGGAAAGAUGGGAACAUGCCCUGGAGCCAGAGAGAGAAAGGGCCACACCAUCAGGCAGCCCAUACAGGGAGCAGGCAGGGUAAGAGCAGUGACACUAUCAUCUCCGUCCAGCUGCCUCCACCCAGACAGCACACAAAAGAAGGGGGUAACACGGGCGUGAGGGUUUCUGCCCAGAACCGUCCUGCAGAGCUAGGGCCAUCCAAUCACGCCCGCUCUGCAGACAAGCACAGGGGUGAGGGGCAUGCGGGGAAGGCCUUGACCCCUCAGCAGCCUGGGAAAAGAGCAGCUCUCGGAGGCCCAGGGAAACAUGAGAAGCUGGCAGAGCAUGUAGAGAGGAAGAGGCCUCAGUCGUUCUCUCAGGAGGAGAAUGGAGCUAGGGCGGUAGCCAACGCGGACGAGCUCCGCUGGUGUGAGAAGCUGAGCGAGGAGAUGUUUACAGACCAGCGGAACCACAGCAUACGCUCUGCGGUGCUUCCCCUGCCCUGGCUGACCGCGGACGACACCAGGAAGAUGGAGCUGCUGGCCAGUGGAGCGGUGGUCAGUAAGGCCAGAGUGCCUUCCCACGGCCAGGUCCUGCAGGUGGGGCUUGGCAUGGAGGGCGUCCCCCGGCUCUCGGCCAGCGAGCAUGCUGGACACUGCCAGCAGGGCCUCUGCGGUCUGAUCAAGCGCCCGGAUGACUGGUUUGAAGUCUUUGCCUUCCACCUGGACCGGGUGCUGGGACUGAACAGAAGCUUGCCUGUGGUGUCCAGAAGGUUCCACAGCGACCUCCUACCCUACAGGUACACGGGCGGCUUGGCCCGGCCCAUAGUGUGGUGGGACCCAGACAUCCAGCACCUGGCCGAUGACGACAACGAUCAGAACUCCUUCCCCCUCACCUGGCCGCAGUACCAGGCCCUGCUGAAGGCCCGUUGUGGCAGUAAGGGUGUGUCCACAAAUUCCACACCCUGUGUGGGUGUUCACCACACAGAAUGGGGCAGGCUGGCACUGUUUGACUUCCUUCUGCAGGUUAGCGACCGGCUAGACCGGUACUGCUGCGGGUUCGAGCCGGACCCCUCCGAGUCCUGCGUGGAGAACCUGCUGCAUGUGAAGUGCAGAAGCCCAAAGGACCUAGUGCUGGUACAUAUCCUGGUGAGGAAGGCCGAUCCCUCCAGGCUGGUUUUCAUCGACAACGCGGGCAGACCACAGCACCCGCACCACAACCUCAACUUCCGUCUGGUGGAGGGCAUAGAUGAGUUUCCGGAGAGGGCGGUGGCCGUGCUGAGGUCAGGCUGUCUGGAGAGCAUGCUGCUGCGCUCCCUCUUCACUGACAAGGAAUUCUGGGAUAGCCAGGGGGGCGUGCAGGGCCUGCGUCCCCUUGUGCGUGUGGUGCAGAGGAGAGGAGAGGCCCUCCUGCGCCACAUUCAGGACAGGGCGCUGAGACCCAGCAGGGACCUGUGA